AUGCAGGAGGGCCUCGCAGGGAGCUGGAGAGCCCCCUGGACUCACCCUUGCCCGGGGGACUGCCCUUCUGGGGGUUGGGGAGGAGUCUGGAAGUCUCGCUUGCUGCAUCCCCGGCCCUGCUUCCACGCGCUCGGUGCCAAGGAUGGGCCUCUCCUGGGCUCCGCUGGUGAUUGGACCUUUGCAGGGUGGGUCACGGGCUGGGCGCGGUGCAGCACGGAUGGCCAGCGCCUGGCGAAAGUCCCUGCAACGUACCGCGGCACCGUGGACAUCCGAGCCCCUUCGGGAGCCUCCCAGCUACGCAGCGGGGAGGCCAGGGCCCGGGCCAGGCAGCCGGCGGCGCGGCGCCCCGGAGUCGGCCAGUCUCCUGCCGGCUCCCUGCCUGCAUGCCUGGGGCGGCGGGCAGUGUGGGUCCGGAUCCGCCGGCGCGGCCUCACUCGCCCGCCUUCCAGCUCGGCCUACGACUCGAGGCUUCGCCAGAAGGUGGCAGUGAAGAAGCUGUCGCGCCCCUUCCAGUCGCUGAUCCACGCGCGGAGGACGUACCGCGAGCUGCGGCUGCUCAAGCACCUGAAGCACGAGAACGUGAUAGGGCUGCUUGAUGUGUUUACUCCUGAUGAGACCUUGGAUGAGUUUACAGACUUUUACCUGGUGAUGCCAUUUAUGGGCACUGACCUGGGCAAGCUCAUGAAGCAUGAACAGCUGAGCGAGGAUCGCAUCCAGUUCCUCACGUACCAGAUGCUGAAGGGGCUCAAGUACAUCCACGCUGCUGGCGUCAUCCACAGGGACCUGAAGCCUGGUAAUCUGGCAGUGAAUGAGGACUGUGAGCUGAAGAUCCUGGACUUUGGCCUGGCCAGGCAGGCAGACAGCGAGAUGACCGGGUAUGUGGUGACCCGAUGGUACCGGGCACCAGAGGUCAUCCUGAACUGGAUGCGCUACACGCAGACGGUCGAUAUUUGGUCAGUGGGCUGCAUCAUGGCCGAGAUGAUUACCGGGAAGAUCCUGUUUAAAGGCAAUGACCACUUGGACCAGCUGAAAGAGAUCAUGAAGGUGACGGGGACGCCCCCGGCCGAGUUUGUGCAGCGGCUGCAGAGUACCGACGCCAAGAACUACAUGAAGGGGCUCCCGCAGCUGGAGAAGAAGGACUUUGCUUCCAUCCUGACCAACGCCAGCCCCCAGGCCGUGAACCUCCUGGAGAAGAUGCUGGUGCUAGACGCCGAGCAGCGGGUGACGGCGGCCCAGGCGCUGGCGCACCCCUACUUUGAGGGCCUGCACGAGGCGGAGGACGAGCCCACAGCUCAGAAGUACGACGACUCCUUCGACGACGUGGACCGCACGCUGGACGAGUGGAGGCGCAUCACCUAUAAAGAGGUGCUCAGCUUCAAGCCUCCCCGGCAGCUGGGGUCCAGGGCGUCCAAGGAGACAGCUCUCUGA